AUGAUGAAGGACAUCGGGAAUACCAGAUAUCCUGCCGAAGAGCUUUGCGGCAAGGAAUUAUUCAAAGAAUUGAAGCAGGUUUUGUAUCUCGAGAUGGCCGAUUUGCUAUGCGAACAAGCUGAUGAUUUGAUGGACAUGAAUGAAUGGAAAGUUCGCACAGAUAAUGCUUUGAAAAGAUUUACAAAUCUGCAGAUCAUAAAAGGCGCACUACCAUACGGUACAACUGAUACCCAGAACCCCAAAGGUUUUGCAAGGCUGAGGUCUGAGAUUUUAUCUGGCCGGGAAAAAGCACUUGAUUGGGAAUUAUGUUUAACCAAUCUUUAUAACAGUUCGCUCGAGUUUCGUAGCCCGGAAGCCUAUCGUCUCGAUGUCAAAGAGGAAGUAUUCAUGACAGCCAAAGGUCGCGGCCUCUUUGUGACAGACAAGAGGCGCUUAGGAUGGGGCUUUGCUCUCUUCAAGGGAAGGGGAUGA